AUGGAUAUUGUAGCGGGUACAGAUGAGUUUCAAGACUGGGAGCUUCUCCACCCGAACUCGGACCUUCACAACUCUCCCGACUCAUUUAGCUCCGUCGAAGAAAUCGGCUUGAUUCAGCCCAACUAUUUCUCCUUGGACAUUCGGAACCAAUAUGUGGAUGAUUCGGAUGAUAAAAGGUCGGGUGAGUCGAACAAUCCGAGUCGGAUCGAUCCCGGUUCGGUUGAAAACUCUAGUCGGUCCCUGAAUAAAGAUCCCGGCGAGUUCUGGUCGGAUUCGAGCAGCGACCGGUCUGAUGAGCGUAAAAAUUCUGAUUUUGAGGCCAAAAAUGAAAUGGAUCUCUUUCAAACUAAGAAAAAGCAGGUGGAUUUUGAGGGAAGUCAUGAAAUUGAUGAGAUAGAAGAGAAAUAUUCGAAGAAUUUGGAGAAUUUUUAUUCGGAUUUUGAUGGAGUAGUUGUGGAUUCAAUGAAACGUAAUGAUACUGGGGAGAAUUCCGAAGUGGGUCCCGAAGAAAACCCGGAUUCUCAAGGUGGGACGGAACUUUUACGUGAAGAGGAGCACAAUAAUAGUAAAGAAACUAUCGGAAACGGUAGUGAGAGUAUCAAUGAAAAUGGAGCUCCUGUAAAUGACGAGAUUGAGAAAAGGAGGGUGGUGUGGUGGAAGAUGCCAAUAGAGAUUUUGAAAUACUGUCUCUCUAGAGUAAGUCCAGUUCGGGCUGUUUCUGUGGCAGCUGCAGUGAUGGGGAUCGUGAUUUUGGGCCGCAGUUUGUAUAAGAUGAUGAAGAAGAGUAGGGGAUUGGAGAUUAAGGUUACUAUUGAUGAUAAGAAGGUGUCUCAGUUCAUGAGCCGUGCUGCUCGUCUAAAUGAAGCAUUCUCGGUUGUAAAGCGGGUUCCUGUGAUUCGGCCUACCCUGCCUGCUGUAGGGGUCACACCCUGGCCUGCAAUGAGCUUAAGAUAA